AUGUGUGCUCGUAUAGCGAAGCGUGAGAGGAAGAUGGUCGACUUCGACAGCGCUCGGCAUCACUUCGCCUCCUUACAGAAAGGAAAGAAGAAGGACGAGGCCAAGAUCGCCAAGGCGGAGGAGGAGCUUGGUCGAGCUCAGAAGAUUUUCGAGGAGCUGAACGUGGAGUUACAAGACGAGCUUCCAUCACUGUGGGACAGUCGUGUUGGCGUCUAUGUUAACACAUUCCAGGGCAUGGCAGGUCAUCAGGAGAAGUUCCACAGAGAAAUGAGCAAGCUCAGCCAAAACCUGAACGACAUCAUGACCAAACUGGAAGAGCAGCGGCAGAUCAAAAAAGGUGGUACUGCAGCAGCCACGACAGGAGGCGCUGCUAAGAGCGAGGAAACCAACCACAGCGAGUCGGCCAGCUCACCACCAAAGAAAGCCGGGCCUCCACCCAGCCGGCCUCCGCCCAGACUGACGCCGUCCCCGGACCUGCGGCAGCAGCAGCAAGUCCUGGACGAGGCUUCGGCGCCUGACAGUAACACAAACUCCUCUGCCACAACGCCACAGCAGUGUGAGCCCUGGUCAGGGGUGAGCCUGCUGGAUUGGGAUCUGGAGGUAUUCCAGCCCGUCACUUUUCCAGUUCCCGAGAGCGCGGUGACCAAUGGCUCCGAUGGCGAAGUCCCUCCAGGAUUCAUCUACAAGGUAAAAGCAGUACAUGAUUAUGCUGCCACUGACGGUGAUGAGCUAGAGCUGAAGAUGGGAGAUAUUUUGCUGGUUGUGGCCUUUGAUAACCCAGAUGAACAGGAUGAUGGCUGGCUCAUGGGUGUGAAUGAGACUCACUGGUUGCAGCAUAAAGAUAUUUCAGCCAAAGGCGUUUUCCCCGAGAACUUUACCCAGAAGGUUUGAGGUUAAUGCCACGUUAAGAUUCUUCCCCUUUUCCUCUGCCCCAAACUCUUCAGAUAUCCUAUUUGGGGAAGACACAGUUGAAUGAUCGCUAAAUGUCUAUCUAUACAUCAAAAUGAUCAGAAAUGAGCACUGAAAUACUAAAACUGCUACGACUAUAAUAUCAAAUGUAUGUGCAGUUGAAAACAGACUCUUAAGUGAUCUCAUUAAC